ACCUGGCCUGGCGAGACUCCGUCCCCCGCUCUCCCGCCCACCUGCCAGGCUUGGGGUGCGGUACGAGCCACCGGCACCCGCCGCCACCUGCUGUGACUCUUCCACCCCCUCUGUCCCCAGCUCAUCCGGUAUGGAUCAGCCCUGCCCGUGCCACCCUCCGAACCGCUUCGUCCUAGGGCCGGCCUCAGCCUGUGCCCCCAACCCCAGACCAGCAGCCCUGCUCGGGACUGCUGAGCAGCGCACACUCCCGGCCUGACACCUCCCCUUUCCCUCCACUGGGCCUAGGGAGUUGCCCUGUUCCGUCUCCUGUCAGGGCUGGGGGAGUAGCCCCACCUUCCUGAGUGAGUCUGGGGACGAAACUUGACCCUGAUGGACUGAGUAGUCUGGGAGGGCUCAGAGUUAAUCAAUCGUAUAUCUAUGCAGAAGUCCCAGUUAUCCCUUCUACCCAUUACCACCACUAAGACAGAAGACUUGGGGAGGUGGGAAUCACUAUUGAAGGGGUAUUGAUCAUUACCUUGUUGUAGGUUCCACCAUGCCAGAACUAGUCACUGAAGGGAACUUUAGGAAGGGUCGGGGGAUAGCUCAGUGGUUUGAGCAUUGGCCUGCUAAAUCCAGGGUUGUGAGCUCAAUCCUUGAGGGGGCUAUUUAGGGAUCAAGGGCAAAAAUCUGUCUGGGGCUUGGUCCUGCUUUGAGCAGGGGAUUGAACUACAUGACCUCCUGAGGUCCCUUCGAAUCCUGAUAGACUAUGUGCUAGAGGAAAGGGAACAAACUGUCCCUAAGAGACACUUCUUCCUCCCUUCUCUCCCACUCCCCAAACUCCUGAGGCAUAGGCCUUCCUAAAAGGCAGGGAUGCUGGUUCUAUGCACCCCCUCCACCUGAAUGGCAGAAGGGGCAUAAGCACACUUCUAUUGUGUAGUGCUGCAUUGGUCCACUGAGGCCCUUUCAGAACUGGUGUAAGUUAAGAUGACUACUCAAGCCUUCCCUAUCUGCAGAAUGGUUGAAUUGGCCUCUGUCAGCUCUAAGAGACUGAACACUGAGAAUGGAGUCUAAACCUUCAAGGAUUCCUCGAAAGAUAUCAGUUCAACCCUCCAGUUCCUCCUCUUUAAGUGCCAGAACAUUAUCUGGAAGCAGAGGAAGCAGUUUAACCAAUGCAUAUCAUACAAGAGAAUCUUCACUGAGACUGGAUUCUGGAUGUCAGGAAUCCAAUCUGUUGCAUAGUUCCAGUAGAGACUGGGGAAUUGGAGAAAGAGGAGAAGCUCAUGAAACUCCUUGGAAGCUUACUAGUUCCUCUCCAACUCGCUGCUCGGGGACACUUGAUCGUCCAUGGUCUGGAAGAUUUUUGGGAAGCAGAAGCAGAUUGUCCACAUCCGCCUCCUCUCCUCUUUCAUCUACUUGGUAUGGUGAAUCCGAGAGAACUCAGGGAGCACACUCAAGACUACAUAACCAGCAGCGGGAUAGUGAUUCAAAGAGACCUAAGCUUUCCUAUACAUCUACCUCUUCUGUGAGAAGUAAUGGCUUAAAUACAGUUUCAGAUUCCUCCUGGAGGUAUAAUCAAGUUCCUAGAUCUUCGUCAGUGGUACUCAGUUCUCUGGGAACUGAGCUAGUGAGAGAGAGGAGAGAGCUAGAAAGGAGAACAGAUCCAUCUGUUAGUAGUCUUGUGGAUUAUAGUCACAGGAAUGGUGACUUUACAUCUUCAGCAUAUCUUCAGGAUAGACCUGCCUCUUCAUAUGCACAGGGAGCGAGACCAAAAGAUAAUUCAUUGAGCACUUUGAGGCUGAAUACGUCCAUGAACCGCCAGUUGCCUUCUGAACAUGACUCAUCUUUAUUCUCUGGAGUCUCUGGCAGGAGCUCUUCAAGAUCUAACUAUUCUACAAGGGAAACGGAAUCUUCCCAAAGGAAUAUACAGCCAGAGUUUACCCACAUUGCCAUUAGAGAUGAAAUUCCCUCCACAAGCAGCACUGAAAGAGUUGCGUCUCAAAGGUCGCUUAGUGAGCCUCCAGCAGAUACUGAAGGAAGGCGUACAACUAGACAAUUACUAUCUCGUUUAGCUUCAAGUAUGUCAUCUACAUUUUUCUCACGGAGGUCUAGCCAAGACUCAUUAAAUGCAAGAUCAUCAGAUUCUGAAGAUUCAUGUGUAGUCCCAAGAGUUCAAACUUCAACCCAAUCUAGCACUAAUGCAACUGCACGUCCUGAAGUUCCAGGCAUUCAGACACCUGAAACUUCUCAGGGAUUUAGCUUCCUUAGACGAAGAUGGGGCUUAUCAGGUGUUUCACAGAAUCAUAGUUCUGAUUCAGAUGCUGAAAGUUACAGACAAGAGCCUGAAAGUAGAAAUACAGGAUCCUGGUUAUCGUCAUCUCUAAGAAAUAGAUGUACACCUCUGUUCUCCAGAAGAAGGCGAGAAGGAAGAGAUGAAUCUGCAAGAACCUCUACCUCUGAAACACCUGCUAGAUCACUGCACCUCUUUAGGAGAAGAGAGUCUAGCGAAGAGACUCCUCUUGAAGCACAGAGCAGCUCCCCUGGGGCUGCUGCCAACAGACCACCAACACCAGCAGUAUCUAGCAAUCCUACAACUACUGCUUCCACAUCAGAUGCAUCUCACAGUAGAAGUAGUUCUGGAAUAUCAGGAAUUCUUCCCGGCUCUUUAUUUCGGUUUGCAGUGCCCCCAGCAUUAGGGAGCAGCAUAUCUGACAAUGUUAUGAUAACAGUAGAUAUUAUUCCCUCCGGUUGGAAUCAGCCUGAUGGAGAAGAAAGUGACAAGUCUAAAAUAUUACCUUCAAGAGAUCCUGAAAGACUCCAGAAAAUUAAAGAGAGCCUCCUGUUAGAGGACACUGAAGAGGAGGAAGGUGAUUUAUGUAGAAUCUGCCAGAUGUCAUCGGCAUCUUCUACCAACCUCUUAAUAGAGCCAUGCAAAUGCACUGGAAGUCUGCAAUAUGUUCAUCAGGAAUGCAUGAAAAAAUGGCUGCAGUCCAAGAUUAAUUCUGGUUCUUCUUUGGAAGCAGUAACUACCUGUGAGCUGUGUAAAGAGAAGUUGCAUCUUAAUCUUGAGGAUUUUGAUAUUCAUGAACUCUAUAGGGCACAUGCAAAUGAACAAGCAGACUAUGAAUUUAUCAGCUCUGGUCUCUACCUUGUAGUGUUAUUACACUUGUGUGAACAACGCUUUUCUGAUAUGCUGGGAACUGCAAGUGAGGCCAGCACACGUGUCAGGCUUCAGAGGAUGAUUCCGAAGACAGUGAUGCUGGCAGAAGUUUUGACACUGCUUAAUGCUGCAAGAGCCAAACAGAAGUGCUGCAAAGAUGCUGAACUAGCAAGAAAGUACCAUCAAUAUGCAUUUAUUUUUUGCUCUCUUUAGUAGAAAGCGCAUUGAAUAUUACUAUAAUUUUUUUAAAGCAUUACUGAACUCAAUCUGUUGCUGCAUACCAGAACAUAAACAGUGAAUCUGAAAACUAUUCAGCAAGGUGUGCAAGAGUUAGAUAUACCACGCUGUAUCCACUUUGAGAUUGGAUCUUAUGCCUUGUUUUGAAAAAGUAGAUUUUAAAUAUUUAAGGAAGUCAUAUCUCCCUUUCUAUUAACGUCUUACUGUAGUCAGAUUGCUGGAUUGGUCUAUCAAGUGUUUCUCCUAUAUUGGUAAUUGUGUGUUUUGGGGUGGCGGGACCCAUGUACUUAUAGCAUAAAUUUUCCUUUUAAAAAUGCUUAUGUUGUAGUUUCUUAUAAUCACUUGCUUCCAGUGUUAACAUAGGAUGAAUGGGUACUGUAAAACUACAGUGUUCAGUUUCCAAAUUUUAUUUGAAGAGUGUUAAACUCAAUAGCAAUAAGAACUUGCAAGGGGCUUAUACUAUUAAGUGUUAAUGAUGGCUUUUUUUAUGUACUUGGAAAUUUGAGAUUAUAUUUGAUAUUAUGUGGAUAUUCCAUUAAGGAAAUAUUGCAGCUGUAAACUCUCUUGCAUUUUGGCAUUCCUGGCAGAAAUGCAACUUGAUAGGAUUUAAAAUCUUAAUUGACCUGUUUAGUUUAAAAACCUUUUUUAGAUCCCACAUUCACUGUUAAAGCACUGGUUAUAUCAAUGUGUUUUCUAGUGUUGUCACUUCUUUAUAAAUAAAGAUGAUGCAUAGAA